GCUGUGAGUGGCCUUCCUACGAUGCAAAGGGAGUGGAAGCAGCAGGCAAUGUACGAGCUGCGCGCAGCCAUUCGCGACCGUCAGAGUGUCGCGGAGGGGUACGCUCGUGUCGAUAAAAUUCCGGGCAAGAUUUCAGAGUCGCUGAUGCACCAAGCGUUGCUGGCGCGUGAUCCCGAAGAUGGCCAAAACCUCAUGGCAUACGCUGCUAGAUGGGGACGGAAGAGGUGGUUUCUUUACCUCGUCCAACACGUUCGAGACAAGCUUGGGGUGGGUUGCCUCGUGAAGCAGCUACGAGCGUGGGACAUCAACGGCACGCCCUUGCUGUUUCUGGCGAUAUCCAGCCGUAGCUCCGAAAAUUGCUUCAAAACGGUGUAUGAUGAGCUCGUCACUGCCCUGGGGAAAGGCGGCCUUGUGGAGCAGAUUGCAGCAAGCGACGACUUGGGGAGAAAUAUCGUGAUGUACGCUGCUCGAGGCAACAGUGUCGACGUCUUCAAACGCGCAUGGAAAAUGUACCAUUAUCAUCAGCGCACGUUUGCCAGCCCAGUCGAGGGAUGGGGGGGUGCUCCUUCGAUUACACUGCCCAAAGUCGACUACACUGGAAGAAACUUGCUCCAUCAUGCUGCAGAAGCCGGCUGCCUGGACGUGAUUCACGAGAUUCUUCUGAUGGUACGAAAUCUCUCCGAUUCCACUAACGUAACGAUGCACAAGCCCGACAAGAACGGGCUGACACCCUUGCACCACCUGCUCCGCGCCAAGUACGGCGAGCCAGAGGUUCCAGAUGAUAUCGAGGAUCCAGCUGAGUUCCCUCAGAAGUUUGAAAAGCUCUGGUUUUAUGGCAGCAAAGGCAGCUUCAUGGCACGCCGGAAGGUCAUGCCAUUGCCACGUGAUGGCCGGGCUGCCGUCGCUGUUUCCGCUAUUACGGAUGUCAUCCACGCGGCACGAGGAGGCCUGCCUUCCCUCCAGCUGAUUCUAGCCAAGAUUUGCCUCACGAAGUGCUGGCAGGGAAAGCCCAACAACACGGUUGUUACGAUCGAAGAAGCCCUGUGCGUGGCUGUGCACGAGACGAUGGAAGGCGAAGAUGAGACGAAGGAAGGCGCAAACGAGACGAAGGAAGGCGAAGACGCCCCCGAGCAAGGCGAGCUUGAUGCGUGGGGAUGGGGCAUGCUCUUGACGGCUGCGGCGAAAGGUGGACAUGUGGACGUUCUCGAACACGUUGUGCACGCGAUAAAGACUGGGAGCUUCGUUGAGGGCCUCUCCGACAGGAAUGCCGACCAACGACACACGGUGUACACAAACGAGGAGCUUCAACGGGUGGACAGAGCAGUCGAGGCGAUCGUAUCGAGCGGAAGCUAUUUGUUCGGUCAGGCCGUCCUGUCGGGCAAAGCCGAAGCGGUGCUGUGGGUCUACCAGUUCUUGGCUCAGCGAUACCCUAAAGAGUUGUGGAAGAACGUCCGUGGAGCACAGGACAAGAUCAACGCAUUGACAUGCGCGUCGUCCUCGUCGAUGAAAUGCGAACGCCAAGGUGUCGAGGUUUUGGUGGCGGUGUACAGUUGCCUGCAGGAGGCUGCGAAAUAUGAGUUUGGCACGCCUGAGGAUGUCACUAAGAACCUCAAAGAGCUGUUUCUGUCAAGGAGCCUUCCAAUGAAGCCUACCGGAAGCAAGUCAUCCGCUCGUACGACGGUCGAGAGCAGCAGCACCCCGCUUGCCGGGGCGGCGCUGAGCGGGAACUGGGUGUUGUUCCAGAAGAUUUACGAGAUGUACGAGCGCCUCACCGACCAAAGAUGGUCUCGAGAGGAGCUGUUGCGCCAUCUCCCAAUAGCGUCGCAGGACAAGAUUAUGCUAGGGCAAUGCCAGGCCAUGCACGAGUGCGACCCACACGUGCACACGUCCUUCGGGCGGGGUGUGGGGAAUGUGACGGCUGUCAUUUGGCGGGACCUGGUCGAGGCGUACCAACGUGCGGAGGUCAAGUGCGCGGUAAUCGAACUUUCAGAGAUGUCGGACAUUCCGUCGUGGCGAGAUACGUUUAAGUCGCUCUCGAGGAAAGCGGUAGGGUUGGCGGCUGAAAGAGGGGCAUUCGACGAUCUGCGGGAACUUGUCAAAGCCGGACUUCCUCUACACGACGAUCUGAUCCCGACUCUCUUGACAAGCGCUGAAGACGAAGAGGAGGUCAUGGAUAUCGUCAUGUAUGCGGUCGGCAACGCCAGCAACCCGUUGGUCAUGGGUGCGGGCGUAUCCAAGAACCUGAGAAGAGCCGAAGUCGACUGCCCAAUGCAUCGCGCGAAACUCCGCUGCCUUCAGCAGAUCGUCGAUCAUCUCAUGAACCAGCUGCUGGACAAGCUACCUCAUACUGUCAGAGGGAUGGGCAUGACGUUGCUUCGUCCCAUGGUGCCCCACCACCGUCUGCCUGGGCUUCAACAGCACAGACUAGAUACGUUGGCGAACCUCGCCGGCUACAUGGUCGUGGAGUGGAUCUUGGAACCGCGGCAUCUGAACCGGCAAGCGACCGUUGGCAAGAGGUACAACGGUCCCGACUACAUGGACCCACUGCAGCGCGCUCUGGACAGGGGGUCGAAGGCACUCUUCUUCGUGGAUUCACCUCUGGUUUUGGACUACAUCUAUGUCAAGUUUUCCUGCACUCUGCCAAACUGGGCCUCGAGUAGCUCCAUCCCAAAGACGAUCAACGCCGGAUUCUACACGUACACUGCUUUCGAUGAGUACGAGUUUUGGGAGGUUUUGUCGGUGAGGCCGGGACCGCCUGAGGCAAACCAGGGGGGUGCGUUGCAGCCACAGCCAUGGAACUCCAAGAAGUGGGACGAUCGCCUCCUCAGAUUUCUCCAAGGAUGGAACCCCACGGACAUGAGCCCGGAAGAACAACCGCGCGGCAGAUCGACGAGACGGUCGGAUCGGAACAAGCUGCCACACACCACGGUGUUGCCUAUGCUGCAAUUCUCCCUGGCAGGGCUAAUCGGGAAGCCGGCAGUGUUCUACAAUGUUCCUGCCGUCCGGUUUGCCCUCGAGUUCUUGCACUAUCUGGUGAUGUUGGGGCUGUUUUGCGCUUGCGUCAAGCUGCAGGACAGCUACAGGAUCCCACCCGCCGAGGUUGCAUUCUACGUCUUCAUGGCGGGCACACUUUGGCGAGAAAUCCUCGAGUUCUGCGACGGCGUACCAGCCCGUCACCGGCGGCACAGGAAGGUCAAGCACAUCAAAGAGGGGAAUCAGGCGAACAUGGCUACUGCGGCCCAGUGGGCGUCGAGCAAACGAUCUGACACGGUUGACUAUGAGCAAGGGAGGGGUCUGAAGCGAGUGGCAUCUGCAAUCACCAGGUAUCUCUUUUACGACACUUGGAACUUGCUGGACACGCUGACAUUAUCGACGGUUUUCCUGGCCUUCAUUUUCCGCCUGCUGGGAAUACGCGAGUUCGGGGGACCUGCAGACCCGGGGGACUACUUCUUUGUGGCCCAGUUCUUCCUAGCCGCCAGUGCGCCGCUACUGUUCGCGAGGCUGUUGCGACUUUCCCAGAUUGACAGCACGCUGGGGCCCAUGAUUCAGAUAAUCUGGAGAAUGCUGUCCCAGACCCUCCGCUUCGGAGUGUUCAUAGUAGUGGUCAUGGCAGGCUUCGCCCUUGCGUUCAACGCCGUGUUUGGGUCUUGCGACGCCGGGAGUGACCUGGACGAGAGCUACGGCUCCUUCGGCACAGCAUUCCUUACCGUCUUUAAAGCGCCGCUUGGGGAGUUUAAGUUCGAGGACUUCGAUGACGUCGGCGGCCAGUGCCCGUACAAUCCUUCACCGGGGCGGGCUAGCGAUGCAGGCACCUUCUUGCUGGUGGCGUACUUGGUCGUUCUUGCGGUUGUCAUGCUCAACCUUCUCAUCGCCGUCCUCAGCACGGCUCACGGAGAGGUAUACGCCAACGGUGAAAAGGAAUUCCACCUCGCCCGCACGAGGUUGAUCCUACAGAGUGCGCGCGCGGUUGCACACCGACGGAUUCCGCCACCGUUUAAUCUGGUCCAGCUGGUGGUGGGUUUCCUGUUGGAUGGGGUCAGUGAGCUAGCUUGGUGGGCGGUGCGUGGCGCCGACAGGUGUGGACUGCGUCAGCAUAAAGAAAGCUUCGCGCCGAUUACUUACACGUAUGGCUGGCACACCUUCGACGGAAUGCUGCAAAGGCUUCUUUUCGCGUCAACGAUGGGUUUGGUCGCAGUGACGCUUAAUGCGUUGCUCUGGGUGCUCUCCCUUCCGUGGGUGGCGUGGAGAAUCGUUUGCUGGGUGUUGUACAAGGUCGUCGAAACCGGGGACCCCGAUGAGGUUGAGACGUUUUUGUCGGUCAGGCUACGGGACAAGAAAGGAAAAUUCAGAGCGUUUCUGUGGGUCUUCCUGGGCAUCAUAGCUUGCGUGUUCGCGCUCGGCUUCGCUGUGGCGCUCUGCGGGGUCUGCGUUGCCGGAUCCUUCGUUCUUUGGUUGCGUGGCGUGUGCAACGUCUUCGAGUGGGCGCACUGGAGACUCUCCGAGGAAGGGAGGUUUGUUUCAGGCGAAACCAAGAAAGGCACUUGUCCCACGGCAAUGCCCGGGCAGGAACGCGGCUCGAAUUGGCGGCAUGCCUGGAAGUACGUUGCGAAAGCCCGGAACUUCCGGAUCAGACACGAGCACGACUCGGAGCACUUCCAUGUCGCCCCAUUACUCCAGGCUACGACCGGGCUUGACAUGGAGCAGUUCUGUCUUCUCGCCAAGGAAAAAUUCAACGACAAAAAUCAGGAGCACUGGGCGGACUCGCCAAGUGCAGGAAAAUGUGUUGGUGGUGGAGGCCUGGACGAUCUGGAACUGGAUGCAGGUGGUGGUUCUGUUUCCCGCACCCAGGCAAGUGCAGGUGUACGAGACCACGCGUGCGGUAGUUGGAGCUUUCCUCCAAGCAUUCCCCCAUGUCACACGCAGAAAGUAAUCCUCGUCGCCAGGCGGUGUUCUGGGCAGUCUUGAACACUGCGCCAUCCCUGAAGCUGUUGAACCUGUGUUGUGCAAGACGUAUCGAGUCAAGCUGUGGUCGAGAUGGAUUGUGCUUGAUGUGCUUCGCUUAAACCCACCGGAUGGAACAUCGACCUGUCCCCGAUGAGGUUGAGGUAAAAAUGAUAAGAGAUCCGGCCAUGACACCCGCUGGGGAUUGUUGAUCUAGCUGGCUUCGCACAACUAUCGUUGCCGGCGCCGGUGGUUCCUCCCAAGCCUUCAUCAGUGUAAGACACGACCUAUGGUGAUGUCUUCAAGUACGGCGGCCGUGCAAUUUCGCACCCUCAGGCGAACGAAGCACCACAGC